AUGCCGGCCGAGGACAGCAUCGAUGACGCCCGCAUGCACUCCCUGCGGAUCUCCUCGGAGGAUGCGCUCGCAGCUCCGGCAACAAGAACAUCGAGCGACGACGUCGAAUCACAUCAAUCCGGUCACGCUGCUCGUCCUAUGCUCAGGCAUGACCAGCUUUCAUCCGAAGACUACGUAGAGCUGACCCGCAUCUCCCACAAGAAGGACGACAUUGAGCGUCACAUAGCCGACCUGCAGAGCUGGUCAGCUUGGAAUCCUUUCGAGGAUGUCGCAUCGUAUUCAACCGAGCCUCAAGUGCUUUUAGCAAGCAAAUCUACGCUCGUACGACUGAGCCAAGAGCUCGACCUACGCCAGGGCAAAUGCGACCGUCUCGAGCAGGACAUUCAACGAUUCAACGUGGACGACAUGAAACGACUGCGCAAAGUAGCAAAGGCCACCUCCAAGCGACACCUCUCUGGACCCGACACAGACCUGCUCGAGCUCGCCCUUUCCACCAUUUACGCGCUCGACAAGCUCCUGCGGCUUUUGCGCGACCAACGCGCCGAGCACGAGCUCACAGAACUUCGACUGCGAUGGGAAAGAGCUCUCCUCGCGAGCUGGCAAGACGUCGCAGCCAUUCGUAACGACAUCCAAGCCUUUGAGCGAAAGUGUCGAGCUCUCAAAGAGGCACUGCUCGAAAGUCAAGACGGCCACGCGAUGGACGCAGCGCUGCUCCAAAGCAACGGGGCUCUCAAUGUGAACGAAACGCCGACGCAAUUCAAGCAGGAUGCGGCUGAAUCCGCAGCACACCAUCCGUCAGGGUCCGGGAAGCGCACAGAAGUACCAACGCCUGCUCUCAGGCUGGCAGUAGAGUCUGUCAAGCUAGAGUCGUCACGCCUCGUCCUUCGCGUCAGAAGCUUCGAUGCAGAAAAGGUCCGCCUUGCCGGAAGGCUGUUGGAUCUUCUCAUCGACCACAGGCAGGUGCCGGAGAAGCUACUGGACGAACAGGAGAAGCUGGAGGACGCCUUGAUGCGGCCAGCGGCAAUAGAAGCGGAAGCUGCGACGAUCGCGACUCUGCUCGAGGAAAAGACCAUCUCGAGACAUCUAUCCGGCUCGUCCUCAACAACAGAUCUGAGCAUCCACCCUCACCGUUCAACCUCGGAAGCUCUCGAAACACCCCGCCGCCGGACGUCACAUGAGGCGCACAGCACAAAGGACGAGGUCUCUCCGAGAGUCGCAUCUGGUUCUCGCGCCUUGCACUCGAAGCGUCUCAACGGGGCAUUCUCAACGCCAUCGCCCAAAGCGACGCGAGGCUCUGGUGUCAAUCGGUACCAAGCCGAUCCUCGGAAUAAGCUGGUCAAUCGGUACCAAGCCGAUCCUCGGAAUAAGCUGGACACUGCUAUCGGCCGCAUCGUCAAUCGUCUACCGAUGCCCGUCUCGAUCAGAUCCGCUCGAGCCGCAAAUCACAAUGCCUCGUCUGCCGCCAAGGACGAGAAAGACAUAAGCGGCCGAUAUUGGAUCGGUGAUCCCGAGCCGCGGCUUUGUUUCUGCCGCAUUCUUCCUUCGCGCACAGUCAUGGUCAGGGUUGGAGGCGGCUGGCAAGAGCUUUCCGAGUUCUUGACGCAGCACUACUCGCAUCUGAGUCUCCGAGACGGGGGAAUGCAUUCGGCCAUGCUGAGUCCUUCCAAGGGCCAUUCGGCGUCGAGCCUGGCGUGGCUGCGAUCCGCUUCUGGUCCGGCAGGCUCUCCGGCUGCAAGAUCGGUACUGUCCAUGGGAUCGCCCCGGCUGAACACGUCUGCUCGCAAGAGUAUAUCGCCGCGAGUCUCCCGAGUCGUCACAAUGCCAGUGGACUUGACGAGGCACUCGGCCAGCAAAGAUGGAGGCGACAAACUCGAGCGCCGGACCUCCAACGGAGCGCUCCAUCACCGCAGGAGCGACUCUGGGGAGGAAAUCGGCCCGUCACCGGACGCAGCCGGCAGCAUCCCCUCUAGCGGAUCACAGUCGUCCAUCGUCAUCCAUCCAUCAUCUCCGUCUACGUAG